AUGGCAAGUGAAAUGACUAAAGGGCAGAUUACUCUACCAAUGAAUAUAGCUAGAACCAUCCAAAAUACCAAAUUCCACGUAAUUGAAGGGGGUAUGAGGUACAAUGCCCUACUCAGAAGGCCUUGGAUCAACAAUAUGAAGGCAGUGCCUUUGACCCUCCACCAAGUAAUGAAAUUCCCUACGUCGGACGGCGUGAAAAUAGUAUACGGGGAGCAACAUGCUGCAAAGGAAAUGUAUACGAUCAAUAAGGAAAUAGAGGAUGACGAGGAAGAGUUUCUGACACCUCUUGCUUUCAUCACCCCCGACGACUCCGACGCCACUAAAUCUACGAUUGAAGAACUGGAGCAGGUUAUAUUAAUCGAAUAUCUGUCCGAGAGAAAG